UGGCAGCAAUGCAUCACCGUCUCUGCAAACUAUGGCGACAUCAGGUGACUGGCCUGGAAGCGAAUUGCAGGAGGGAGCAGAGCCGCCUGAACAGGCCCAGGGUGGCGAGUACCCUGAGGAGUUUGUGGCCAUUGCAGACUACACGGCUCCUGAUGAGACACAGCUCAGUUUCCUGAGAGGAGAAAAGAUCCUCAUCCUGAGACAGACCACGGCGGAUUGGUGGUGGGGUGAGCAUGCUGGCUGCUGUGGCUACAUCCCCGCCAACCACCUGGGGAAGGAACUGGAUGAGGCCGAUGCCGAAGACACCUGGCAGGAUGAGGAGUACUUCGGCAGCUACGGCACCCUGAAACUUCACUUGGAGAUGCUGGCAGAUCAGCCACGGACCAGCAAGUACCACAACGUCAUCCUGCAGAACAGAGAGUUCCUGAGAGACAAAGUGAUCCUGGACGUAGGCUGUGGGACUGGCAUCAUCAGCCUCUUCUGUGCCCACUACGCGCAGCCCAAGGCCGUGUAUGCCGUGGAGGCCAGCGAGAUGGCCCAGCACACGGGGCAGCUGGUCGUGCAGAACGGCUUUGCCGACAUCAUCACUGUGUUCCAGCAGAAGGUAGAGGACGUGGUGCUCCCUGAAAAGGUGGACGUGCUCGUGUCCGAGUGGAUGGGCACCUGCCUGCUGUUUGAGUUCAUGAUCGAGUCGAUCCUGCAUGCCCGGGAUGCGUGGCUGAAGGAGGACGGGAUCAUCUGGCCAACCACGGCGGCGCUGCACCUGGUGCCCUGCAGCGCAGAUCGGGACUAUCGCAGCAAAGUUCUCUUCUGGGACAACGCCUAUGAGUUUGACCUCAGUCCCCUCAAAUCCUUAGCAAUCAAGGAGUUCUUCUCAAAACCCAAGUAUAAUCACAUUUUGAAGCCCGAAGACUGUCUGUCUGACCCAGCCACAAUACUUCAGUUGGACAUGAGGACUGUGCAGAUUGCAGAGCUGGAGAUGUUGAAAGGUGAGCUGUACUUUGAUAUCAAGAAAGCGGGAACUCUGCACGGAUUCACGGCCUGGUUCAGCGUCCACUUCCAGAACCUGGAGCAGGAGGAGCCACAGCUGGUGCUGAGCACAGGACCCUUCCACCCCACCACCCACUGGAAGCAAGUGCUGUUCAUGAUGGAUGAGCCUGUGGCCGUGUGUGCGGGAGACGUGCUCACAGGCUCCAUCGUGCUGCAGAGGAACCCGGUGUGGAGGAGGCACAUGUCUGUCACUCUGAGCUGGUCUGUGACCUCCAGACUAGACCCCACGGCACAAAAGGCUGGAGAAAAAGUCUUCCCAAUCUGGAGAUGACAGGCCAGAUUGUGCUGGGAAGAACAAGCUUGAGUGGGCAGGGACAACACCUGGACCCCCAGUUCCUCUUCCCAGCAGCUUGGCCCUCAUCUGUGGGUGCAAUGUCAGGAUCACUGUGGAGAUGCACCUCGGCUCGUCCCUCGUUUUUGUCUUCUAGAAGUAGGCUGUGUCCCCAAGCCCACCAGUCAGUCGCUCAGUGUUCCUCAGCUAGGCUAGUGAACCCUGGGCACACACAGCAGCCCUGUGUGCCAUGAAAGGGGGUUUUUCUCCACAUGUAUCAGUGGCAACCUUACUGCCCCACCCAUUCUCCCACUUUGCAGAACGAAGCACAAAAGUCCGUGUGGGAGCAGAGGUGGCCAUGCAUGCUGUGGACUCUGCACGAGAUCCUUGUAGACAUGUCUUCCAAGUAAAUCACGUGUUGGUCCAUAGUCCAUGCUUAAUAAAUAUUUUUAAUAUUUGGA